CCGAAAAAUUCCUUAGCAGACCAACCCUAGUUGGUCCACAGGUUAGAAACUCGGAGGAAUAUGGGUGUGUCCAUGUACCCUUUUCUCACUUAAAUAUUAGGUUACUUUUCAGUGGUAUGAUUCGAGCUUGUGACGUGCGUUCUAUUCACACAUUGAACUUUAUUUAAUGAUUGUUGUUGCGAUUUCUAGCGUAGAGCCUGUGGUCAAUGAGGCUCUCACCUCAAUGUCUUGUUGCUUGCACUUAAGUGCAGCUUAGGCGAAUUGAAGCAAUCAAUAUAUGCAGCAGUGAACUUAAGGGCCUAAGCAGUUAAAGCAAGCUUUUAACAGCACUGGCUGCAGAAGCAACAAUAAGGUUUUGUGCAUGUGCGCGAGCGUGUUUUCUUUACAUGGAACAUAAGAAAGAACUUUUUUUGACAUGAGCUGAAUAUUCAUUACACACCAAAAAUACCCUAAAUAUUUAGUGACAUCUAUAUGCCAUUUUUCUGUAAUAGCAUGCCAUUAAAGGAAAAAUGAGAAUGGUAAGAUAAGGAGUUCAUAAAUAUAGAAAAACCAGUCUUUGGAAAAGAUUAAAAAGGAAAGAGUGUCGUAUGAAAGAAAAUGGAGGGGGUACCUGCAUCGUGAUCGUUCUCAUAUCUGCAAGAGAAGAUUUACUUGCAAUUGCUCCUUAACUCUGGAUUGGUCUUUUACCAAAUGAUACCACAGAUUCAUAACUUCUUAGAUAGAAAUACAUUUCUCAACCAGACUACAAUCAAUGGGAUGGGGAAACAUCUACAAGAGGCGUGUGAAAGUUUUUGCUGUAGCUCUUAUCAUUUACUUUGAUUACAAGGCUUUACAGCAGCGAGAAAAAUGGGCAAACAAGUUAAAGAUAGCUUCUCUAUGGGAGAAAGCUCAUGAACGCAAUGCUAAGCGUGUUCUUAAUUUAAUAGUAGAUCUAGAAGGUUUGUGGGUGAAACUUGGACAGUACCUAUCCACACGUGCUGAUGUACUGCCAGAGGCUUAUACACGCCUUUUGAAGCAAUUACAGGACUCUCUUCCUCCCCGCUCUUUAAAAGAGGUAUGCAAAACCAUAGAAAAAGAGCUGGGGAAGACCAUGGAUGAUCUAUUCUUGUAUUUUGACAAAGUUCCUCUGGCAACUGCCUCAAUAGCUCAAGUUCAUCGUGCAACUUUGAGUGAUGGCCAGGAAGUUGUUGUCAAAGUUCAGCAUGAUGGCAUAAAAGCAGUUAUACUGGAGGACCUGAAAAAUGCCAAGUCAAUAGUUGAUUGGAUAGCAUGGGCAGAACCACAAUAUAAUUUCCACCCCAUGAUAGAUGAAUGGUGCAACGAAUCACCUAAAGAACUAGAUUUCAAUCAUGAGGCUGAGAACACCCGAAAGGUCUCAAGAAAUCUCCAUUGUAACAAAAGAUGUGAUGAUAGUAACCCUGCUAAUCAUGUGGAUGUACUAAUUCCUGAAGUCAUUCAAUCUACUGAAAAGGUGCUCGUACUUGAGUAUAUGGACGGUGUUCGUUUGAAUGAUGCCGAAUCACUUCAAGCCUUGGGAGUAGAUAAGCAAAAACUUGUCGAAGAAAUUACACGUGCAUAUGCACACCAAAUUUAUGUUGAUGGAUUUUUUAAUGGAGACCCUCAUCCAGGAAAUUUUCUGGUGAGCAAGGAACCACCACAUCGCCCAAUUUUGUUGGAUUUUGGACUCACAAAGCUACUUUCAAGCUCCUUGAAACAAGCUCUUGCGAAGAUGUUUCUGGCAGCUGCCGAGGGGGACCAUGUAGCACUUUUGGCUGCAUUUGCAGAGAUGGGACUCAAGUUUCGCCUUGACGUACCGGAACAGGCUAUGGAGGUUACUUCUGUGUUCUUCCGUUCUUCCACGCCUGCAAAUGAAGCUCUUGAAAGUAUGAAAAUGUUAUCUGAGCAAAGGUUAAAAAAUAUCAAGGUUAUACAAGAAAAGAUGAAACUCAAUGAGAAGGAAGUGAAACGCUUUAAUCCUGUUGAUGCUUUUCCUAGUGAUAUUGUUAUAUUCGGGAGGGUUCUUAAUCUUCUUAGAGGGCUUUCUGCAACAAUGAAUGUGCGCAUAGUUUAUAUAGAAAUCAUGCGGCCUUUUGCUGAAUCUGUGCUCCAAUGCAACUUAAAUAGAGAGCCAGCUUUGAAUCCACGAUGGAUCUAUGACACCCCAAUUCAUUCUGAUGUUGAAGCCAAACUAAGGCAACUUUUGGUUGAGCUUGGGAAUGCUGAGAAAAUACUUGGAAUCCAGGUAUGUGCCUACAAAGAUGGAGAAGUGAUCAUUGAUACUGCUGCUGGGGUACUUGGAAAAUAUGAUCCUCGACCAGUCCAACCUGAUAGCUUAUUCUCUGUUUUUUCAGCAACAAAGGGAAUAUGUGCUGGACUGGUGCACUGGCUGGUUGAUAAUGGAAAGCUGAAGCUUGAGGACAAUAUUGCGAAUAUAUGGCCUGAAUUUGGAUCAAAUGGAAAAGACCAAAUAAAGGUUCAUCAUGUUCUUAAUCAUACCUCUGGCUUACAUAGUGCCAUGAGUGAUAUAAACCAAGAAGACCCUUUUUUGAUGACCGAUUGGGAUGAAUGUUUGAAGCGAAUUGCCAUGUCUGCUCCAGAAACUGCACCAGGUCGUGAGCAGCUGUACCAUUAUUUGUCUUUUGGCUGGUUAUGUGGAGGCAUUAUUGAGAGAGCAUCAGGAAGACGAUUUCAAGAACUCCUAGAAGAAGUUUUUGUUCGCCCUUUAAAGAUUGAUGGCGAGCUCUAUGUUGGAAUUCCUCCAGGUGUGGAAUCGCGACUUGCAACACUUACAAUAGACAUGAGUGAUCUCACCAAGUUGUCAAAUGUCGGCAACCGUUCAGAUCUUCCAACCACCUUCCAGCCACAGCAGAUGGCUCAACUUGCAACUACUUUACCUGCAAUAUUUAACUCACUCUAUGCUCGCCGUGCUAUUAUACCUGCUGCGAAUGGCCAUUGCUCAGCUCGUGCCUUAGCCCGCUACUACGCUGCACUUGCUGAGGGUGGGAAAGUUCCUCCACCACAUCAUUCUUCCAUGCCAACCUUAGGAAGUCACCCGCACAUUCCAAAGUUCCCUUCUCAGCAGACUGUAAAGAAGCAAAAAUCUCAAAAGAAAACUGGUUUAGAUGAUCAAGGUCCUGGACAGACUCAAAGUAGCAAUUUAUCCACUCAGAUUAGUUCUGGACAUCAUGACAAAGGUAAUGUUUACAUCCAGAUUCCCAGCGACAAUAGAUGCAGUAUUGAUGAUUCAUCAAGUGAUAACCGGACUAUCAAACUCUUCCAUAACCCAAAAGUUCAUGAUGCUUUCAUGGGUGUUGGAGAAUAUGAAAACUUGACCUAUCCCAAUGGGAUGUUUGGGCUUGGAUUUAAAAGGAGUUACUCAACAAAUGAGGAACUUAUUGGCUUUGGGCAUUCAGGUAUUGGUGGAUCCACUGGUCUUUGCAACAUUGAGCAUAAGUUUGCAAUGGCAGUAACUCUCAAUAAGAUGUCAUUUGGAACUGUGACCGCGAAAAUAAUACACUUGAUAUGUUCUGAGCUUAACAUUCCAGUGCCACAAGAAAUCUCCAGACUUGUUGAGACUGGAUCUACUAGUCAGUUGGGAAUAGGUAAACCACUGAUUAACUGA